UGGAGCUGCAGUGUCAUUUUAUGGUCGUUCCGGUUGUUGGACAGUCCCCCAGACAUAGGGGGUCGAAGAAGAAGAUGAUGAAGAAUCUGUCCAGGUUUCAAACCUCGAAGGAGCAAGCUGCGUUCCUUUAGUAGAACAAGGAACAAGAAGGUCGCGAGUUCAUGAUUUUUUAACGUGCUUUGCCUUUGUUUUCAGUCUUUCUUUCUGUGGGACAGACUAGAUUUUCGUCUUUGUAAGAAAAAGUACAGAAUAAAAAGAUGACGAGAGCACACACGACUUUAUCUUCUACAAUGGAGCAGCCGACGCGACAUCGUUGUGUAUCAAGAGGUAGGAGGCUCGAAAGGAAACCGAAACAAGACCCGAAGCACCAGCUGUAGAAGAGUAACACAGCAAAAUGUCCACCUCGCUUUUGCGCAACAAUUGUACGGAGGACAAUCUCCACUGCACCCCGGCUAUCCCGAACAUCAUCACCAACCCCGCGGACAUACCGACCGGGGGAAAAGGGAACAAGCAUCCCAUCCGGAACCCGCUUUUCGCGAAGGACGCUUGGAUAUGACGGUGCACAACUCCCCCUCCCCCUCAUUUGUCAUGCAAAAUACCCAAUCCACCCUUUGUUUGCCUCUUGGCACUGUGUGCAUGACAAGUUCUGGCACUAGCCCAAAUAGCACUAUACUCCAGUGCAAAUCUGUCAUGCAAAACCGGCAUUCUUGCUGAUGCUUGUAUUGCCGUUCAUGCUAUACAAAUGAGGUGGAGGAGGGGUUGUGCACUGUCAUAUUGGAACGAGCGCGAGUGGCACUCCAUGCGGAAAGCCUUGAAUGCCGUAUGACAGCCUCAGGUUGGAAAUCCUCAAAGUGGAAAUAAUUUGUAAUGCAAAAAAACGACUCCAGUUGAAGCGCCAUUUGUGGUCGGCGCAUGACAAAUUUCCUGGGCCCUUAAAGCAUGUCUGUCAUGCAGGUUAAGGCAAAGGGGUGCCCUUUUCUCGUGCUAAGCAACACUCCAAUUCUUCACCCCUAGCAGGACAAUAUCAAUAGUCGGUCUCCAUCGUGUCCUCCGCAAUACAGUCUUUUUUGCUUUUUAUUUCAUGCAUCACAAAUUAUUUCCACUUUGAGGAUUUCCAACCUGAGGACUUCAUACGCCGCACGGAUCGCCGACAACGCCGUACGGGAGGCGUACCGAUACGCGCAGUGGUCGAGGGAUCGUUCAGGCAUGGUCAAGCAGUACGCGAGAAAGGCGCUGGAAACCUUCGACCAGGAGUUCGGCCCACCAGAGCGCGAAAUGUUAACAGGAAGUGCAGCGUCGUCUUUGCAAACGUUCGGACAGGCUGCCCCGCUUCAGGUGCAUUCCAACGUAAUGCCGGAAUUUCAAACUGCCGGAAUAAGAACUGCGCAUUGGUUUUGAUGAUUGAAAUUGAAACACUUAUAUCGUGUUGGACGAACUGGAACCUUGAUCGCCCUUUCACGUGUCUUGGAAGCCAGUUGAGAAAAUGAUUUGGUUUUAUUUGCAGAUCUUUUUCGAUGAUUUUGUUGCCUCGCGAUUUUGCGAUGGUCAUGAAUGAUGUGUUUCAGAUGCCAGCAUGAGGGACGCUGUAGCUAUGUGUCCGGGGUAGGCAAUGUGUGGAAUUGUACGAACAAAUCGGAAGGAUGCACUUGUUUUGUUCUUUUAAAGGAGAUGAAAUAAACGGC